GGCACAUCCAAGCCAGCCACAUCCAAGCCAGCCACUGCCAGCUACAGCAGACCUGCAGCUUCCAGAGUCGGCACCACAGCUCCCUCUACUGGCAGGACUACCACAGUGCAGGCACCCAAACCUACAGGCCCUGCCAAGAAAGAUGUCAGCAGACCAGCAACCACUGCCGCAGCCAGAAAGCCGGCAACAUCCGCCACUACCAAAACGACCAAACCUGACCCCCCCUAAAGCGAAUGCAGCCUCCAGACCCGAGCCUGCCUCCAAAAGGCCCCAUCCCACCAAGGCGACAGACUCCAAGCCAGCCCGCCCUAUAUCACAGGACCCCAAGCCCCUGCCCACACGUAAAGCCCCUCCCACCACACGGCCCCCUGCCACCCGACAGCCCCAGGGCAAGACCCCCCCUGCCUCCCCCAGCAACAAGCCCGUGGGCAGCACCGCCCCCCCAGUUGGGCAAACAAGCCUCCAAACCAACCCAGUCUGUCCUGCCCUUCACUGCCAGACCUGGAGCUCCCAAGUCUGCAGCUGCAGGAGUGGCUGCAGCAGUGGCUGCUGCUACCGCAGCAGCAGCUGCUGUGGCAACAGUUGCAGCAGCUGCUGUGGCAACAGUUACCGCAGCAGAGCCAGAAGUGGCCGCUUCAGAAGUCCCAGCACCAGUGUCUGCGUUUUCAUCAGCAGUGGCCCUGGAGCCCAGAGAAGAGGUUUCAGCCCCAACUCCUCAGGAUACUACUUCUCCAUCUCCACCACAGAGCCCACUCAGGCUGGCUCCUGCACCACCACAGGGCUCACUAGUCACUGUUGCCAGGGAUGAGAUGUCUGAACGACCAGAGACCGUCCCAGCAGCCCCGACACAGCCAGCACCAGACCAGACCUUACCCCAGGACAUCCCCACAGCAGUUGCUAGGGCUACACCCAGCCCUCCGGAUGCCUCAGAGAAAGCCCAGCUCAACAUGGAUGAAGAAGAGGAUGAGGAGAGGGAGGGCAGCCAGCAGGUGUCAGUGUCAGAAAUGAGUGGCACCCAGCCCACAGAAGAGUCCAGGCCUGGUUCAGCCGGCCCUGCGGGCUCGGGGUGGCGUGCAGGCGGUGCCCUGCUAUCGGAGCUGGACUCUGAGGAGGUGAGCUGUAGCCAGCAGGGGGUGUCGGAGCUGAGCGCUCCGGGCGUCCUGGAGGGCACGGAGAGCAUGGAUGACCUAGGAGAUGCCAGUCUGAAGGGUGCCAUCGACAUGGAGGGCAUGUCUGCCUCGGCCGGCUCGCCUGACUUUGAGAAGGUGUCCGACAUCCCGACCAAUGAUUUUGAUGACUACGAUGAAGACGGAGACCGGGUGUGCGACAUGGAGGUGGGUUCGGAACGGGCGGAUGACCCAAGAAGAGUGAGGCAUGACGAGGAUGAGGAUGAUGAUGUGGAGAUGGCUAGUGAGGGGGUGACUGAGAGCGGGCUGGAGAGCUACGGGAAUGCAGAUGAGGAUGACUUUGCAGAGGAUGAGAGACUGGACAACCUGAACCGAGCCCCGCCUGCCCCACUCCUGCCCUCUGCCCUGGCCGCCCAGUGGGACCAACCCAACCCCAGCUCCUUUUGUGACCCCUGGGCCCAGCCGCACCCCCAGGCUGCCUCAGCCGCCCCCCUGCAGACCCCUUCCAACCCCUCUUCAGACCCCUGGCAGGCUGAUAAGAAGACACCCACCCUGUACUCUACUCAGCCCUGGCUGCAGCUGGCUGCCACACCAUUUGUUCCAGCCCUGCAUGAGCCCUCACACCAGCCUGCCCCUGCAUCUCCACUUGAAAGAGAGACCCUAGCCCCGUUGCAGUCCCUGUCCCUCAUAGCUGCCUCUGGACGCGGCAUGUCACACUCCAGCACCCUAAGCCCUACGGAGCUGGCUGUCCACAGCAGCAGCGAAACCAGCACCGCAGAGGAGGUCUGUGACAACAACAGCAGCUCCGGGGUGGAGUCCCGCUCUGAGGGGGGGAAACUCCACACCCUGCCUGCCGCCGUGCUCUCCCUUCAGCCUGAAUUGGAGAACCAGGACCUGGGAAUCCACCUGGAGAGAGAGGACGGCGAGGGGGAGGAGGCAGAGACCCUGCCAGCCGACGAAGUCCCAGGGGACCCCACAGCACCUACGUCCAACCCCUCGUCCUCCACCACAGAGGAUGAGGCCAGCGACACGGAGGGCGAGGCCCAGCUGGGCCAGGACAUCCUCAGCGACAGCAAGCCCGGCGCCCAGCGCUGCCUGUCUGCCCUGGAGGAAGGGGAGGAGACCAGCGGCGGUGCAGAAGAGGGUGGAGACACCCCCCAGUCUGCCAACUCGGCGGCAUCCUACGCCUACGACAUGACUGCGUCCAACUCCACGGCUGAGAGCUGCGCCAAGAGCCCCGGCAUCUUCUCUCUGGAGGAGCUGCCUGAGGAGGCCAAGGACCCGUCGCUCAUCCAGGAGCUGACCCUGCCACCGUCCCAGCAACAGGCUGCCUCGGCAGACUCCCUCCUCGUCUCCAACCCAGAGGAGCAGCAGUAUAUGUUGUGUGGGACACUUGAGGCAGAGCUGGGGGACACGGGGGAUCUGAAACCCCUGGACCCCACGCUGUUUGCGGCCCCCCAGCAGCUCGGGGAGGGCCCCCGUGUCACCCAACCGCCCUACUACUCCACUAUCUGUGAAAACACAGAGAACUCUCUCACAGGGAUCAACGCGCUCCCCCAGCCACACUACCGCCGCGACCACCACCCCAACCACCACUGUGACCUCUUGACCCCACCCAGGCUGACGUGUGCUGACCUACCCCCCCGGAGCCCUCGCCUGCAGGCCAGCCCCCAGCUCCGCCGGCUGGAACGGCACAAGCAACAACUACUAGAGCUGCAGCAACGCAGAGAACAGCAGAGCAAACCCAAAGAAGAAAACGACAAAGAGGCGAGGAAGAAGAGCGAGCAGGAGAAGGAAAUGAAGAAAAAGGAGGCAGAGGAGGAGACGCUGAGGAGGGAGGAGGUGGAGCAGAGACAGCAGAUCAUGCAGUGGCAGCAGGAGCUGGAGGAGCAGACACAGCAGAUGUCACCGCAACAAAAACUCCAAAAAGGUCAGGCAACAGUGCUGGUUUCACCUUCCUCUGGUCUCCAUACCAUUUAUGAAGCCCUGGAGAGUGAUGAAGAGGAGGGGAAGGAAAUUGAGGUUAAUGUCCAGCUCGAACAACGCGAAGAAGCUCCGCUGGAGAAAGAGGUUGAUAGUAACAGUGACCGCCGAGAGUUAUUGGACGAAGCCGGUAGCAACUCCACUUCCAGUCCCUCUCCAGACUCCCCCGAGCAGGAAGAGUCCCGGGACUCCUCCCCACCCCCCGUCUCCCAAGAAUGCCCCCCUUCCCUGGACCUGGACUGGGGGAAGAAAGUUGACAUUGUCCAGCAGCUGAUCAACCAGACCCUGCUGCUGACAGGCGAUGGCUGCUCCUCCCUGCUCUUGCUUCCCGGGGGCAGAGGAGGCACCUUGAGCCCCCUGGAGGCCAGCCUGUGGCCCAACCUGCUACCCCCCCUCACCCCUCCCUCAGCCACGGUCACGGCGGUCAGCAGCUUCUCCCCGGAGGCCCCUGGCCAGUCCCCCCAGGGCGAGUGGACAGUGGUGGAGCUGGAGACACACCACUGAGGGACGUGUGUGUGUGUGUGUGUGUGUGUGUGUGUGUGUGUGUACACACAGUGAAGACUCACCACUAAUGGUCGCACACAAUGUUAUUCAAGGUCUGUCAGUCACAUCACUGCUGUACACACCACUACUGUAACACCACCUCUCUUACCUCUUACCUUGCCAUUCAACACCACUGCAAAUACAACACUAAUGUUUGUUACACUGAACUUAUACCACUGUAUCCUCAAACAUGAUACCUUUUUGAAUGGGUGGCAAAGGCCACUGACACCCCAGUCAUAUCAAUCACAGACUGACUCACACUGGAAUUUUACACCUCUCAUGCCAAAACAAUCAUGUUAGGUUACACACCAACAGUCCCAGAAGGCUACUACCUUGAUUAGGCUGGUUGACUGAAGCUUCUGGACCAGCUAUUUGGGUAGAAUAGUGACCGCUUGUUAGCCAUGGUCCAUUUUACUGAAGCCAAAACGACUGGAUUCAUCACACACAUGCAAUAUGUUCAGGUUGGGGUCCUAGGUGGUUUAGUUUCCACUGAAGAUGUUGAUUAGUAUAGAUGUUUAACUGACUAUUGGUCUGAAUUACUGAUGACAAACUGCACUUGACUAGACCAGCAUCCUAUAAUGAUUACCCUGAACCUGUCACUCACUCAAUGCCUGCUUUGCUUUGUGCUUCAAAACCGUUUUGAUUUACUCUAGAGCAACAAAUCAUAGAAAUAGAAUCCCUAGGACGGUCAUGGGAUCCUCAUUCAAAUUGCUGAGGGCCUUUUUCCUGUCUAGGGGUUCUACUUAUAUGGGCCAAGUAACUGUUUCUCUGACAUCAAACCAGAGGCCUUCCACCAGCUCAGGUAAAACACUGGUUGGCCGUAUGUGUUAGAAUAAGGUUAUUUAUCGAAUGAUGAAUGCCACCAUUUUUCAGGGUGGUAUUUCACUAAGCAGGAUCUAUUUGGGAUCCAGCUUAGUGAAAUACACUGGGUGCUAAUAAAAUGGACUGUUUCUGUUGCAUGCUACUGCUGACUCUGAUGGUCACUGGAAAUAUUGGUUUAUUUUUGUUUGUUUUCAGAAGCAGUCUCAUGUCUUUGUUCUGAAGACUUGGCCCUGUAUCCUGGGCGGUUUUCCUCAUGUUUGGUCUCGUUUCUGUGGUUACGGAUGAUGUCAUAAUGGGGGUGGGAUUGGUCAUGACAUUGAUAUGAGGUAAUGGAGGAAUGAAUAGGUGAUUGAAGAGGGUCAGAGUGUAAGAGAACACUCUUGAGUAGAUUACUCUGGGGAUAUAACCGGUUCUUCUGUGAGGCUGCUGGGUCCUAGCCUGGUCUCAGAUCUGUUUGUGCCGACCGUCUGCCCAACUCCUAUGGUCGUUUGGUGUGACGAAGACCAUAGGACUUGCCAAGACGACACAAACAGAUUUGGGACCAGUCAUGGGUUUUUUGGGGGGUUAGUCAUGAACUAAGUUUGACUGAUGGUGGUACAGAGUUAACGUUGCGGAUGUGGACAUGUAUGUUAUGUGUGUCUGGAUGGAAAGGUACUGCAUAUGAAGAAAAAAAAUUGAAUUACCUCAGUGGAUUGUGAAUAUAGUGUGAGUGUCCAUUAAGCCUAUAAUCUGGAUUAUAGAGCCUUUGAAAAUAGUUGUUCAUUGCUCCAUGUCAGAUCAGGUUUCAAACUGAAGGUAUGGGAGUCAAACACCGUCUUUACUACUAGGGUACUUGUGUUCAAAUGUGAACUUACAUUGCGCCUCACUGAAGUUGACUUUUCCAACAGGAGUGUCAUCUAUUCAGCAGAAACAAAUCCAACAGGAUUUGUGGUUGAACUUCGAGCCCUAAGGACAGUCCACUGUGUGUGGGGACAAUGACCAUGGAUGGACAGAAACAGGUGGUUGUCCCAACAGGAUUUGUGGUUGAACUUCGAGCCCUAAGGACAGUCCACUGUGUGUGGGGACAAUGACCAUGGAUGGACAGAAACAGGUGGUUGUUCCAACAGGAUUUGUGGUUGAACUUCGAGCCCUAAGGACAGUCCACUGUGUGUGGGGACAAUGACCAUGGAUGGACAGAAACAGGUGGUUGUCCCAACAGGGUUUGAGAUGAUCUGUGAACGCUGAGACACACUCCUUCAUGUACCAUAGGGGAUGGACUCGACAGUUGAUACAACCACACUCUGCUGUGAGGCCAGGGAUAGUAGAUACUAUAUGUAUCUGGAAAUCAAACUCUUUUCCACCAUAGGCACAGCAAGCAAGGGCCCUUUUUUAAAUAAAUGGUAGAUGGGUUCUCCACAGUGUCUUUUUAAAGCUGUUUCUAUGUGUAGCCAAGUGGCUGCCAUUUUCUAAGGCAGUUUGGUACAUUCCAAUUUGAGGGCUCUGCCACUUCUACUCCACAAUCCCAAAGGGACGUGCAGAAUGCAUCGGUCAAAGCUGGACUUUCUCUUGUGUAUUUUAAAUGUCUCCUCGCUGUAGUGUUUUGUAUACCGUUAAGUGUAUAUUACUGAAAGGGGAGACUCAGACCAUUUAUUGCAAUGAAGGGAACCCACUGGAUUUUUAUUUUGUACUGUAGAGAAUAUAAGGUAUGGUAAAUGAAAAAUAGGUGACAUUAUUUAUAGAUUUAAAGCAGAUAUUGUUUUAGAGAAUGAAGGUUAAUGGUUGUAGAUGUAAUGGUUUAUUUAAAUUCCCCCAAGAUGUGACAGUUGAACUUCUGUGGGCACUAUACUUGUAGACGUUUUGUCUGUUUUGCCUGCAUUUCUUAUAUCUUUUCAAUAGUUAUCAGGGGAUAUGAAGUGAAUAGACUGUGUUCAGUGCCAGCGCUUCCAUGAACACGCUUGGUACAUUUAGUAUUUUACGUAACUGAUCAAACAUUCACAUCGAGCUGGUGUAGAAAUUACACUGUAGAAAAUGACAAUAUCAUGCAGUUACAGAACUCGCACCCAAUAGAGCAUAUCUGGGAAUCACUAGUACUGAAAGAUGUGGAAUCUUACCCCUCUUUGUAAAGUUCUGUCAUUUAUUUUAAAAUGGACACGCACUUGUAAUGUCAAUAUUUUUGUUGAAAUGGGGUUGGGCGUUUUGACAUUGGAGUUCAAAUUACGGCAGCUUGUUUUAAUGCGUAAUAAUUCCUUGAGGUUCUGUGACUUUGUGAAGGACUAAUGUGUUUGUCAAUGUUUCAAUGCAUUUUAUUUCGAGAAAAUAAAAAUGAUUCUCUUAAGCAAUAAAUAGUUUUUAUUAUUC